UUCCAGGGGUUUGGGAGCGCGGGCGCUGUCCGCACGAGAGCAGGUCCUGAAACGCGGCGUGCUGCCCACCCGUCGGACCCCCGCAGCGCCGGCAGUUCUCUUUUUCCUCGCGGUUCGAGGGAAAACCUGUUUAUGUACAUAUUUACACACCAAACGUUUUGGACGUUUAUUUGUCGGGGAUUCAAGCGCGAGCGCGGAGAAACGCGUUUGAAUUUUAGGGAAACUGGGAUUUUUCUGUUUUUUACACCAACGCGUAAAAACAAGAAACUCACGCAGAAAGCCGGAGCCGAAGACGUUUGUGCCGCGAGUGCCACCAACACGCAGCGAGACAGAGAGAGAAGGGGGGAGAAGGGGGAGAGAUAACAGAGUGAGCAAGAGCCGUCCUUCACCUCUCUCCCGGGAUAACAACUUUUUAUUUUGUAUUUUCCCCGCUGUUCUUUUCUUCUUCUUCUUCUUCGGCCGCUGGUGGAUACGAGACUCCACGAUGUGAGCAGUCACCCGCUCUCGCGCGCUAUUGAUGGAGAAUACCAAGUGUUGACGUGAAGGCGACCUGCCGAGGACCAUUUCUGACAAGAAGAAUAGAAAAGAGGAAAAAUAACACUGGAUUUGUAAACUUCAUAUUUUUUAUUUCUCGUAAAUAUUGCAAUAGACUCAAAGGAGAAAGUUCACGACCCCCUCCCACCCACCGUAUCCUCUUCAUCGGCUAAGUCGCAGUUCAGGGGUCACGGCCAGCGGAGCGAGAAGAAGACCAAAGGGAGGGAGUUUGCCCUCCAUAUAUUUUUUUUUGUUUUCGUUUUUGUUUGAAUGUGUUCCUUCUUCUGGCUGAGGAGACUUUGUGCGGACGAGCAGCCGAGGGAAUGAGCCCCAUCGCCGUCGCUUCCCUCCUCGGGUUCCUGGAGCCCCGUCGCGGUGUCCCGUCCCCGUGGGGAGGGAGCCCGUCUCCGAUUCCCAUUUUUGACGCUAUUACUUCUCUCCCCUCAACCUGAAAAAAAACCCCCUCUUAUUUUCUAUAAAUCUUAUUUUUAAAUAUAAUUUUGUAUUAGUGCAAGUCAAAGUAAAACCAGUGACACGUUGACAACCGAUUACUUUACAAACAUUUUUUGUUUGUUAAUUAAAAAAAAAAUCCGCGUUGUAGAGGGAACUGGAAGCCCCUUUCCCUUCACUGGAGGUCACGCUGCGUCAGUGAAGUGGCCGUCUGAAGCGGGGCGUCCGGGGGGCAUCGUCGGUAUCGGGGGCCUCGGCAGCGCGCCACCGUAACGAUGGAGAUUCACUGUAAGCACGACCCGUUUGCUGCAAUGCACAGACACGGCGGGGUGAACCAGCUUGGAGGCGUGUUUGUAAACGGCCGGCCGCUACCAGACGUGGUGCGGCAGCGAAUAGUGGAACUCGCCCACCAAGGGGUCCGGCCCUGCGACAUCUCCCGCCAGCUGCGAGUCAGCCACGGGUGUGUCAGCAAGAUACUGGGCAGGUACUACGAGACGGGCAGCAUCCGCCCCGGCGUGAUCGGGGGAUCCAAACCAAAGGUUGCUACUCCCAAAGUGGUCGACAAGAUCGCCGAUUACAAACGCCAAAACCCCACCAUGUUUGCCUGGGAGAUCCGGGACCGCCUCCUGGCCGAGAGAGUGUGCGACAACGACAGCGUCCCCAGCGUCAGCUCCAUCAACAGGAUCAUUCGGACAAAGGUGCAGCAGCCGCCCGGCCAAACCGGCUCGGUGUCGGCUCACAACUUAGCGACGUCCGUGGCGGCCACGCAAGUGUCGGCAGUGACCAGCGACUCGGCCGGCUCCUCGUACUCCAUCAGUGGCAUUCUGGGUAUCAGCUCCGCCGCCGACGUGGGCAAGAGGAAGAGGGACGAAGGUUUGCAGGAGUCACCGCUGGCCAACGGGCACGUCCACGGUGGGCGGGACUUCCUCAGGAAGCAGAUGAGAGGGGAGCUGUUCUCGCCGCAGCAGAUCGAGACGUCCGACUACUCGGCCAUGGCCUCGCUAGCCGGCGGACUGGACGAGAUGAAGAACAGCCUGGCCAAUCCCGGUGCGGGGGCGGAGUUAGGGGGCAGCGUGUCGGGCCCACAGUCCUAUUCACUCGUUCCAGGUCGUGACCUUUCCAGCACCACUCUGCCAGGCUACCCUCCUCAUGUCCCCCCCACCGGACAGGGCAGCUACUCCACCCCCUCCCUCACCGGCAUGGUACCUGGUGAUGUGUAUUCUGCAACCCCUUCCGCCCCGCGCUCACCCCUCUUGUCUCAACUUCCCUCCGCCCGUCUGUCCCCAGUGUUCCAGCAGGACUAUGGGUCGCUCCUGGGGACUGAAAUCGGCUGCUCCUCCGGCCUCUUCACCAGCCAGGCAGGACAGAUGCAAGGGUCACCGUACUACUACAGUGCAACAUCGCGGGGGGCGGGGCCUGCCGCCACUGCCACGGCCUCCGCCUACGACCGCCACUGACCCCUCCAGCGGUCAGAAGACCAGGACGGGGGGGGGGGGGCGAGGGAGAG